CUUUUAGUUGUCUAAUCUCAUCUUCAUCUCAUCGAUAUUGGGUAAUAUUCCCAACAGGAAGUUCCCAAUGAGAGAACGGAUUGUUCUCGCGAACAGUGUCGAUGAUAAUUUGGUGAUGAUUCAGCGCGAACGAGCGAGACCGGAGAGAUCAGGAAGAGCCGUGAGGUUGUGAAGAUCGGCAGAAAGAUUUCCACAUAUCUAUGAUUUUAAAGAUUCCGUGACAGGCAUCAUUCUACAAUUUAUUGAACACUUUGGUCUCCUCUUUCAUCAGGAAGGUCUUUGCGUAUACGUAUACGUCAUAUAAUUCACGAGAACUGAGCUGCACACUUCAUUGUUUCACCAGACGAAGAACUUAACGUACACAAUUCUCUCAGGAUGCAGAUAUACUUUAACUAACAUUCCACAAACCAUAAUAUAUACAAUCUUUAGAUCGUCAUUUACUCUUGCCCUCAUCAGAUAAGCAUUAGUUUCUGUAGACUAGCUUUCGAAUAGAAAAUGGUAUUCCCUGGAUUUGGUGGCUGGAUCAAUCAGAAUAUUCAACAGCCCCUUAAGACGUCCAAGAGAUCUAAGAAUAGUAAAUCUAGAUCAGUUUCAGAAGAAGAAGACGAUAGGUAUCUUCAGGGACCAUGGUAUUGGGUUCCUGAUUUAAGCCCUAAAGAAAAGGCCGAAUCCUUGGAAUUAGACCAUGUUAAAUCUAUGCCACUGAUGGCUAUCGAUCCUAAAUACUAUGACAUGGAUGAACUGGUGAGGCAAAACAGUCUUUGGAAUUCUGAACAUAAAAAACAUCCUUGGAACGAUGCACCUGCUAAGGUGAAAACAAAAAAGGGUCUUUGCCAUUUAAACAUAGAUUUCACAUUGGGAUCUCCUCCUCAAUCAGUCUUCCAGAUGUUCACUGAUCCAAGAAACAUGGGAAUUUUCCAUUCAAUGGGCAAGUACAAGAAGCAUUGGCGCACACGUUUGGACACAAGAGCAACAAAGGUUUUAAAAAAAGAUGGACCAAGGCAGAUCACGGAAGUGGAAAAAGUUCUGAGAUGGAAGAUACUUGGGUAUAAUGGGACUAUCCCAAUACAUUUAAUCAUCGAUGAAAACCAACAAAAAGUUACCGCAACAUAUAAGAAAGUGAAAGUGAAGCACAUGAAAGUGUUUGAGGGUAGCUGGAAAAUACAGCCACUGUACGUAGAUCAGGAACGGUUGUGCAAGUCUAAGUCGCGGAUUAGUGAAGAAAAAUACAAAAAAUGUAGCGGCGGUCAAGGAAGGAUUGGGUCAAAGGUGACAAUGGAGCAUAUAUUUCAGCCAUCUCCUCUUCUUAAUGUGCCACCGGUUUCUUGGUUCAUCCGUGGUAUCGCCGUCAAAGUCACCAAGGUUUUGCUCCAAGAUCUUAGAAAACAUGUAAUCAGGAUGAACAAAAUGAAGACCGUAGACCCGGAGGUGUAUGCUAAAGUAAUUGAAUCAAUCGAAAAAAAAAAAGAAAAAGAAAAAGAAAAAGAAAAAGAACUAAAAGAAUCGGAGUAUUAAAUGUUUGGAUUAUCUCCAAUGAGGAUCAUCAAUAUGUAGCCAUCCACCUUACUAAAAAUAAUCGACUAAUCAGGAUACAAAUUAAGUAAA